UUCGUAGUCCAGCGCUGCUAGCUGAGGGCGGCAAGCUGGUAGCAACACUCGGAUUUCCGUCAUCUGGCGGGUCUUUCUGUCACAAACAGUCCAUAAUGAAGGCUACACUACGAUGGAGCGAAUAUACAAGAGCGAGUUCCGAUCAUCGAAAACGCGUCUUUCGACAAGGCUGUCUUGGCACCCACCACGACACGAGAGGUGUUAAAUAUUCCGAUACCCCCAUGAUACGAUCAUCGAGAAACUUCGUACCAUCAUUCUACGCCCGGUGGAAGCCUACCGAGUUACUCCACGCCUUGAGAUUCGAGGGGUGGAUGCUGUCUAUGCCAGUAUGGAGGAUUCUGCUCGCAGAGAGACAGCACAACCUGCGUGGACAAAACUGGCCUCUUACAGAGUCUGGAAGAGAUGGACAAAGCUGCUGACGGUAUCCUUGGUGUUAGUACAAAAGCCAAGCGGCCACACCGACAUGGAAAAUGGGCAGAGGAAGUCGUCGUCAAGCCACUCCAGUCACAUACCAGAUCCGGGUUAUCAUCGGU